AUGUCAGCAAUAUAUAAGGCGCUCAGACCGUCAAAAGAGGAGAAGGACUCUAAGGUUGGCAAGUCCACACGUGCUAACAGACAGCGGGUCUUGUUGAUUUCGUCCAGGGGUAUCACCUACCGUCACAGACACUUGAUUUCGGAUCUCCAGGCACUGCUCCCACAUGCACGGAAGGAGCCGAAGCUGGACACCAAGAAGACACUUUAUGAGUUGAACGAGAUUGCAGAGUUAUACAACUGUAACAACAUUAUGUAUUUUGAGUGUCGUAAACACGAGGAUCUCUACAUGUGGCUCUCCAAGCCACCGAAUGGGCCAACGGUGAAGUUCCACGUGAUGAACCUGCACACGCUUGACGAGCUCAACUUCACGGGUAACUGUCUCAAGGGAUCGAGGCCGAUCUUGUCCUUUGACAGGUCAUUUGACAUGGAGCCACACUGGCAAUUGACCAAGGAGCUCUUUAUCCACCAAUUUGGAGUACCGCCACAAGCGAGAAAGAGCAAGCCAUUCAUUGACCACGUGAUGACCUUCUCUAUAGUUGACGGGAAGGUGUGGGUGAGAAACUACCAAAUCAACGAGCCUGCCAAGGUCCAGGAGGACGUUGGGGACGUUGAUGAGCUGACGUUGGUGGAGAUUGGGCCACGGUUUGUGCUUACGCCCAUUGUCAUUCUAGAAGGGUCAUUUGGAGGACCAAAGAUCUACGAGAACAAGGAGUAUGUUUCGCCUAAUGUUGUCCGUGCACAGGCCAAGUUUGUAGCUGCUCAACAUGCCAGAGAGAGACAAAACCAGGCACUGGACCGCAAGGCCCGCAAGAGUGCCCAGGUCUUGGAACAUGAUCCACUAUCGAACGAAGUGUUGUUUAACGAAUAA